AUGCAGAUAUGUAGUACGUAUCAGCAAGGGAAGUGCCAGGUUGCUCGAGCCGGGGCUUUCGGCGGCCCUGAGGCGCUCCCAGUGGAGUGUUGUCAUCAGGCUAUUCCUGUUUGGCUGAAAGCAUCUCAAGGAUACAGCCCCAAGCAACGACAGGUUGUAGUCAGUAGCCCAAAUCCCCGUCUCCCCGGCCCUCAAAAGCCAUCGCUCUGCUGCAUCCGUCAGGCCGCCAUCCUUCCUUUCCAAUCACUACUUCCCAGACACAGCAUCUCUCGAAAGAAAAGCCUUUACCGAGGACCCUUUUCCUCUCUUUUCUUCCCCCUUCUUCGACUUUUGUUCCCAAGACAAAAGCCAGAGGACUUCUUGUCAUCCUUUCGUGCUCUCGCCAAUCUGGACUUUGAAGCCCGUGUCCCCGUGCCCUUCAGCAUCUUUCCCUCGACAUACAGGGACAGCGAGUCGCAGACGACCACCCAGACUCACGAGGAGAUUGCUAUCAAUCUCCCCGCCAACCUAGCAGCCGGACGGGAAGGCCAGUACUCUUCUCACAAGGUCAACGAGGAAGAAGUCCGUUUUACCCGUGAAGAAGAUCUUCGCCGCCGUCCCGGUUACCAGUCGGAGCAGCAGUACGUCAAGGAAGAUCGCAGACCUGCACACAGCGAGUACGCAGAUACUCAUAUUGAGGUUGAUACUCAUCGCCAGUCGUACGGCAGCCCCAUUGACAACAUCGAACGUGAAUAUCGCGAGCGUUACCGCCCUCGAUACACCACCACCGUAGACGCCGCUCCUCAGACCCAGACUUUCCAGUCUGAAAACAUCCGUGUCGACGAGUACACUGUCAACGCCGGCGCCCGCCCCUCGUCUGUUCACAGAGAGGACAUCAAGAUCACCGAAGAGACCUUUGAGCCCUUCCGUUACGGUCGUGCUGAUCAGAAGUCCAAGAUGGGUUACUACGACGAAGACGGUCACUACCACUCCUUCCGCCACGGCAUGCACAAGCUUGCUGACCGCGUUGUCCACCCCCGUGGGCAUCAUGAGGAUCACAUCGACGUAGAGGUCCGUGAGGGCCCUGCUCCCCGCGGUCGCUCCUCGGAGGCUAGCCAGUAUCUGCCCAACACGGUCACUAUUCCUUGCCACCACAUUCGCAUUGGUGACUUCCUGAUGCUGCAGGGACGCCCCUGCCAGGUCAUCCGUGUCUCUACCUCGUCUGCCACCGGCCAGUACCGCUACCUCGGCGUUGAUCUCUUCACCCGCCAAUUGCAUGAGGAGUCUUCCUUCGUCUCCAACCCCGCCCCCAGCGUGGUUGUACAGACCAUGCUCGGUCCCGUCUUCAAGCAGUACCGUGUGCUUGACCUCCAGGGCGGCAACAUUGUUGCCAUGACCGAGACUGGCGAUGUCAAGCAGAACCUGGCUGUUAUUGACCAGUCCAACCUCUGGUCUCGUCUCAGCACCGCCUUUGAGUCUGGCCGCGGUAGCGUCCGUGCCCUCGUCCUCAACGACAAUGGCCGCGAGCUUGCUGUUGACAUGAAGGUCAUUCACGGAUCUCGCCUGUAA